UAAUUCUAUUUCUUUAUCUGCCGCAUAUUUCGGUGCAAUUUAGAGUUAUUCUAGCAGGAAAUAAUGAGGUUCACCAAAAUGAAGCUGACGUGGUUGCUGGUUCUUUGUCUAGUUGUGACAGCUGUAGUUGCCAAGGAUAGAUCAAAACGAAAGAAUCGUGAGCGAAACAAGAAAGUUGAAAGGGGUCGCCCAGAGAACCCCAGGGAGAUUGAAGCAGACGACGAUGAUGACGAAUAUGAGACUAUUGACGUCAUUCAGGAAGGCGGAGAAAAAGAAUCAUUUCAAAAUCCCUGCAACAACCACAGAUGUAAGCGUGGUGCGACAUGUGAACUCGAAGGCAAGGAACCAAAAUGUGUUUGCCAAACUUGUGAUGACAAGCUCGAGGAAGAACUUAAACUGCCGGUGUGCAGUACAAGAAAUGCGACAUACAUGUCAGAAUGUCACUUGGACAGAGAACAUUGUCUGUGUAUGAAUGGCUUACCAGGCUGCUCGGAUCAAGUGGAUAAAGUCAGAUUAGAUUACUUCAGCGCCUGCAAAGAGCUUACUACUUGUCCUAAAGAUGAGUUGGAAAGGUUUCCAGAGAGGAUGAGGGGCUGGCUGUUUAGAGUUAUGACUGACAUGGCAAUGCGUGGGUAUCCUGAAUUGGACGAUUACCGUGACUUCCUUGAGAAGGCCCGCCAUGACGAAAAUCAUGCUGGAGCAGUUAUCUGGAAGUUCUGCGAUCUUGAUGUGCAUCCCAAUGACAGGCAAGUGACCCGCCGUGAGCUCAUGUACAUCACAGCUUCUAUAAAGCACAUGGAACAUUGUCUGGUUCCCUUCCUUAAAGAAUGUGAUGCCAAUGAUGACAACAGCAUCACACUACAGGAGUGGGCUAACUGUCUCCGCAUACCACAGGAGGCUUUAGUCGAUCAGUGUAAGCAUUCACAGUAAAUUGUGAGUGUAUUAAAUGACCAGAAUGUGAACAAGAACAGAAAAAUAGAUAUCACAUGACCAUCACGUGAUAAUCAUGUGAACAGCCAUAGACAAAUUUGAUUGGUCAAACAUCAAUGUGUCAUCAAGUUAAUUACAAGAAAUGCCUGGAACGAGAUUUUUACAUCAUUUUUUAUAUAUCUCCUUUAGUGAAGAGUUUUAGUCACGGAUUUAUAUUACGUCAUUAACAUCACUGCUUUUAGUUUAUCCAGAAAACUUUUUUUAAAUAGAUGUGCAAGAGUUUGGAAACUUGCAUGUAGAACGUUUGAUAUAUCUUACAUCUGGUCUGAACUGUUGUAUGAACACUCAUGUGCCAAAUUUUGUGCUAGUCAUAUAUGUACUAUUAUCUUCUAUAACAUUGCUUUAGUUCAUUAGAUCUCAUCAUUUUACACUGA